AUGCCAAAGCGAUUUGCGGAUCUCUCUGGGUUGCCACUUCAAUGGGAGAUGAUUCGGGGGCUUCGGACUGCCACGGCCAAGGGCCGUUCUCUCAUGAGGCCUACCGCGCCAACUAUGAUCAGUUGUGCAGGAUCUCUGAAGGAUUGCUCCGAGAACUAUGACGUUCUGCAUGCAGUGCUUUCUGUGAUGGCCACGUGCGGCACAGUGGACACUCCGACUGUGGAUGCCCUGUCGGAAGCUGUGCAAAAGUAUUGCAAGGAAGCCAACUACCCGGACGAGGCAGCGAUCCCCUCCGUAGCUCACAGAGACAGCUGGUCGAUCAAGCGAUGCCUCACGGCUCUGAAGCGGAAGUGGUCAGAGGGGAAAUCCCGAAGGACCCAGGAUGAAAAGCUUCGAGAGCUCAUUGCCCUGUAUGACACGGCUGUUGAGCGGGACGGUGUUAGCAUUGUUCACCGCAUGAAUAGCGAUGAAGAUGUGACGGUGGAUACGGACGAGUAUGCAGCUCCAAUCGCUGCACCCAGUGCCGAUGGGACGCCACCGGCCGAGAAUGCAGCGAUUGUAAGGGCUGACGAUGAUGAAGUUAUGGAUGAUGCGGCACCAGGUCCCUCCUCUUCAUCCUCGAUUGCGGCUCCAUCGGCCCCCGCUACGGCUCCAGAGGCUUCCUGGGAUACUCCACCGGAAGGGGCGGGAGUAGGCGAUCUUGUCUACGCCUUCGAGGAUUCUGAGGAGGAGCAGGAGAGUGCGUAUGUGAAAGUCGAAGGCCAAGCUUCAGCUGAGCCAUCCCCAGCGCCGUCGAGCUCUGGGCAUGCUUGCAAGAGGGCUUUGCCGGAGCCUGCAUCAUGGAGUGACAGGGCUCCUGCUCGGCCCUUGUCCAACAUCGAGGCACGACUGGCCGCAUCACGAGCGAAGCUGCAGGCGCAGCUGCUGCAGCUCGGCUGUGGAAUUUCUGGGGGGAUCGUCGAGGAGCAGGUGAUAUUGGACUCGGAUGAGGAGACGGCAAGGGUGCCAGGGCAUGCGGCAUUUACGGUAAUGGAUGGUCAAGACACAUUGCCUUACAUGCCGGAUACACAGAUGGUUGCAAGCAUCCUCACAACAGAAGAAGAAACCUUCAUGCGAGAUGGGACUGACGAGAUCGUCACGAAGCAGCCAAUCACUAGAACCGAGAACCACAUCGAAGAGCCAACCGCCACAAUCCCCAUGGAAGAGACCGUCGAGCACCAACUCGCAGAGAUGAUUGCUACUAUCGACCGCAUCGAAGAGCCAAUUGCUACAACCGAGAGCCAGCCGAUCCCGACAAGUCAAAGCCCCGUCGAAGAGCCGAUCACCCAAACCGUGAACCCCAUCGAAGAGCCGAUCUCCACAACCCAGAACCCCAUCGAAGAGCCGAUCACCGCAACCCACAACCCCAUGGAAGAGCCGAUCACCGCAACCGAGAACCCCAUGGAAGAGCCGAUCACCGCAACCGAGAACCCCAUGCAAGAGCAGAUCAACGCAACCGAGAACCCCGUGGAAGAGCCGAUCCCUGCAACCGAGAACCCGAUUGAAGAGCCGAACCCGAUGGAAGAGCCAGCUGGUGCAAGCAGCAGUGCCAGUGCUAGCGCAGUACCGGACGCAGCGGAUGCACCCGAGACCGAGCAGUUUAUGGAACUGUCCCCUCAAAGCAAGGCCUACAUUGUGGUGUUGACUCGUGCUGAAAGCAAUGUGAAGAGCACCAACGAGUGCAAGGGCAGGGGUCGGGGAAAGGGCCGCGGAAAGGGCCGCGGAAAAGGCAAGGGCCGGGGUAAGGGCAAGAAAAGCAAGGUGGCCGAGCCAGCCGUGGAUCAGGAAGCCCCGGAAGGGGAGCGGGCCAAGGCAUCGGGAAAGGGAAAGGGAAAGCGUGCGAAGGCUCCGGUGGAGGGGUCUGAGAGGGUCUUUCCAAGGGGCUGCAUGGAAAGUCGAAAGGCAAGCGUGGCUCCCGCGAAUGAUGAGCCAGAGCCUUCUGAGGAGGCUUCGGGGCCAUCCACGGAUAUGCCUGUGGAUGAACCGCUUUGCUCUGAGGCUUCGGCGACUGCUAAGAAGCGCAAGCUCCGGAAGAUCAAGUGUCGGGGCCUCAAGAAGAUGAGAAAGGCCAAGAAGGCAGCAAAGGCCAGCAGGGCCUCGGCAGAUCCUGAGGAUGAGCUCCCAGCAGCUCCCGCCGCGAAGCGUGGGAGAAAGGCCAGGAGGGCCCAGAUCGUGCACGAGCCCGCGCCGGUAGAGGGAGAUGCGGACUUCGAGUACCCAGCUUCGUUUGCUGGGAGGGCUACCCCCAAGGUUCAGGGUGGCAACGCGUGGCACAUGUGGUGCGGCGAGUAUGGUCCCCCUGGGGCGCGCCCUACGCGCUUCGCGCGCUUCGCGCGUUUCGCGCGCCUUCGCGCGCUUCGCGUGGCUUCGCGCGGCCUCGCGCGCUUCGCGCCUCCGCGCGCCUCCGCGCGCCUUCGCGCGCUUCGCGCGCUUCGCGCCUCUCGCGCGCCUCUGGCGCCUCUUCGCGCGCUUCGCGUGGCUUCGCGCGCUUCGCGCGGCUUCGCGCGCUUCGCGCGCUUCGCGCCUCUCGCGCGCCUCUGGCGCCCCUCCGCGCCCGCUUCGCGCCUCUCGCGUGCCUCUGAUGGCACCCCUAUGCUUCGCGCGGCUUCGCGCGCUUCGCGCGCUUCGCGCCGCUUCGCGCCUCUCGCAAGCUCGGCGACAAGGCGAAGGAGAUCAGACGGCGCCGCGAAGGCGCCAAAGAAAAGUGCCGCGAUGGCGCAAGACGACGACGACGACGCUGCGAGGGCGCAGAAACGUUCAGAGAAAAUGUGCCGCGAUGGUGCAGAAACAGACAAGAUGCGCCGCGAUGUCGCAGAGAAGAGGACGACAGAGCAUGUGCCGCGACGGCGCAGUGUCAGUAGCUAG